UUGAUAAGUUUGCAGUCUGAUCUUUUGGAGUUUUAUUUAUUAUUAUACUUAAGGAAUGCUUUUCAUUUCAAAAUGUCUCAGUGACCAGAAUUUUAAACCUGAAUUGACAGAUCCAGAGUGUUAGUAUAAUCUUAUGUCAGGUUUAAUAGUGUGCAAUCCAAGUAUAUGCAAUACAUGCCAGGAUGGCAGUUGUAAUAGAAACCUCAGAUGGUGCAUUCAUCGAUCAUGCUAAAGCACUUGAGAAAGUCUAUGCCAAAGUCCAAAUCAAUACACAGACUGUUGGUUCGUGUAGUUUGAGUUCAGAGCUGUUUGACAUCCAUGAACCAUACAAAAUGGACUCCCAGGUUUUGGCAGAACAAACCUCAAAAGAAAAGGGUGUAGCACAACGCAAGAGAAAGAGAAAAAGAAAGUCUGAGCUUAACAUAGGAGAGAUGGAGGCUAAGAAGUACCAUUCACAAAUUGUCCAGAGGGUAACAGAUGUUCACAAGAAACUGAUUGAUAAAGCUAGAAUGAUGGGAAUCAUUCCAGAUAAGAGGGAAUUUGUCAGUUCUCUUGCAAGAAAAGACAUGCAGAAUAAAGAGGAUUUGGAGGUGGGUGAUAAAGCAUCAGAGUCCAACAUGUUGGACAAUAAUAUAGCAGCAAGAGGUGCCGCUAGAAUAAGGGUAGGAGACACUUCUCUGAUAGAUGUCUGUCAAACAGAGGCUCCUCCCACAGACUCCCAGCCACCAGUCACAGAAAUGACUGAACACAUAAAGUUGUCAGCCUGUGUGAACAGAGUUGUCAGCAAUAACUGGAGCAUCCCAAGGCUUUGUUGUUUUGACUCGGAGACUUACAUCAUACCCCACAAGUCUUCUUUCCUCCUGUCAGAUUUCAACUACCUCAAAAACAUUUACCCCACUUCUGAUGAAGAUAAGUAUGAUCUGAUUGUAAUAGACCCACCAUGGCAGAAUAAGUCAGUAAAGAGGAAAAAAAUGUAUGGAAGUCUGAGAGAUGAGGACCUGCUGAGUAUAUGCAUGCAGAAGUUGGCAACUCCAGGCUGUUUGGUGGUUGUCUGGGUAACCAACAGAAUGAAACACCUCGAGUUUGUCAAGGAAACUCUUUUUCCAAAAUGGUCAGUCACACAUGUGGCAGAAUGGCAUUGGUUAAAGGUUACCAAGUAUGGUGAAAUGAUUUAUGACAUAAACUCUGAUCACAAGAAACCAUACGAAAUAAUACUUAUUGGACAAUACAAUGAACUGCAACCAUCCAAGCUUUUCACAGGCCAAAGUACUUCCAGUGAAAACUUUACAAAGGAAAGGAAAGAAGAAAUUGCAAGAACUUAUUCUGACAAUGUUGAAUCUUCAAUGUUGGGCACAAGUGUGAAAACUGAUAAUGAAGGGAAAGUAAUAGUGACUGAUAGUGGUGGAUCCUCAGUGGUGGGGAUUCCAGAAAAUGAUGGAUCAAAGGAAUUCUUCAGUGCAUGCGGGAAGAAUGAAAAAGAGAGGGAGAUGUUUCCUGAGAGUCAAGUUAUAAUCAGCAUUCCUUGUGCUCUACACUCUGUCAAACCUCCACUGUUUGAGGUUCUCAAAAAGUACUUAAAAGAAAAUCCAAGAUGCUUGGAGUUGUUUGCAAGGAAUUUAUGGCCCCAUUGGACAAGCUGGGGAAAUGAGGUUCUUUGUCACCAACACAUUGACUUCUAUGAAUUUAAAUGAUAUCAGAUG